UUGAGUUGGCAACACUGGUGGAAAAUUGAUUGCAGUUCCCUGUUUCGUAAACAAAAAGAAAGAUAACACAAAAUACGUAUUUAUCAUUCUACCAAGGAACCUAUUAGAAAUGACGCACUAUAUUAUAAAAUUAAUUAAAAUGGUAUGAUUCCUUAACUAAAUUUCAUGAGUGACUUUGAACAAAGGUGAUUGUACAAUAUUCAAGAUGACUGAUUCAAGUUCUUUUACGUCUCUGUUUGCUUUGGUGGAUAGUCAUUUAUCCAACUGCACUUUAAAUGACAGCCCGAGCGAUGGUCGUGUCGGUUCACUGCCAAUGCCGAUGCUAAACCUUCCUCGAGGAUUGUCUGACACUCGGAUCUCAUCAUCGUCGCAGAGAUUGCCUAUUCCAAGGUUCAGUUUGAGUGAGAGCCCCAUCGCUAAUGUUCUCUCGGAGCAGCUGUCGAAUAUGCUCAAAGCUAAGGAGCUUAAAAAGCAACAGGAAGAGGAACAAGAGAGACUGCAGGAAGAGAUGCGAAGAUUAGAAAUAGAGGAAAAGAAUUGUGUAAUAGACUUGAUGAAAGCAGUGCAGAAACCUGGGGAACUAAAACCAACGAAACCUCAAGAAUCCGUCAGCAUCAGCAGUUCCUUUGAAUCACUGAUUUUAGAUGGCAAAGAGUUUGCUAACGACUCCUCGAAGGAGUCUGCAUCGGAAGCUGUGCUGUCAGCUCCGGAGCCUGAACCAUCAUUACCAAUUACCACAGACAUGUCAUACAUACUCAAACAAAAAAUUAAAAGUGGGAAAUGCUCAGCAUUUGGAAAAGUUCUUACUUCACGUUUACGGCCUGUAGCCGCUCCUUACUUGAGAGAAAAGGUGCCUUCAACCAUUGUUCCAUUUGACUUCAGCACCAAAUCACCGUGUGACUUGAUUAAAGAGAAGCUUAAGAGAAAGCCGGUGCACACAGUCAGUAAUACGUACCAUGACUUUUUCUGAUUAAUGGGGGUUGCUAUUGAUGACAGUGAUUCUGAUCAAUAGUAACGUUAAAAACAUGAUGUUAGUAUAGAUUGGGGUCACUGCAUCAAUACCCCUUCUUGUUAGUGUAAAAUAAUGUAUUUUUUAUGACUUUUUAAUUUAAUAUCUAGAAAUUGGAAUUACGUAAUCAUUGCAUUAAAUAAUCUAUAGUUUAUUGAAUUUGUGAAUUUGAAUUUAAUCCUCUGGUUGUGUCUAGAGGGAUUGAGAAUAUCCAUGGAGUAAACUUACUUAACAUGGAGUUACUUCACUUUUGUGUUUUAGAUGACAACUUUCAUACAGAAGACUAUUUUCAUAGUGUUAUUGUAUCACUUUAAGAGAUUAGAUAAUAGAAUUGACGAAACAUGUAUGCAUACAUGUGUAUAAAUAUUAUUAAUGAUUAUUAUGACAUUGAUUUGAAUAUUAAUUAUUGAAUAUAUAGCGGUUUAUGUCCCCAUUAACAAGUGGUAGCAAUUAGUUUUUUUUUUUUUCUAUAAUUAAAGAUCAAUAAUUCAGCACAGAACCAAGAAUGGUCCUUGGGUACAUUUCUAGAACUAUGUAUUGAGUAUAUUCUUUAAUUUUGUUAGAGCUCUGUAAGUAGCCUAUUGUUGUUAAUAUUAGCAUUAAAAAAUCUUAGAAGUAUGUUGUCCUCAACCAGAAUCACAUAGUUUGUAAAAUUACUGUAUUCUGUAACUGGUUAAUUUACCUGAUUAGUCUUAAUGGCUUACAGCCAGUUUCUUCAUCAAAAGUAAACGAAUUUUACAGUUACUUUUACUAUUACAACAUUACUUUGGCUUUUACUUUUGAUCAAGAAACUGGCUGUAAGUGAUUAAAGCACUUACUUCAAUUAUAAGUGUGAGGGUUUGGUGUAGGUCAAGGUAACAUUUCGAGGAAAGCCUGACUUUUAAAAAGUUGAAAUCUAUCAGAGAACAUCCGUUUUGUGUGAAACAACUGUUUACCUUGACAAUUAAAAUUGAAAAUUCAUAAUAAACAGUUGUUUUCCGAAAACCUAGAAGUUGAUUUUGUGGGUAAACUUGGACCAUAAAUACUUGUAAAUAAAACAUUUGUAAAUUCUU